UUUACAUUCGCACAGUGAAAUCAACACGUGAAUAUGUUUACAAUUUGUUAUUCGUCGGAAAUGUGUUGAUAUUUUGUAGAUAGAAAUAGAAUAUACAUAAUUAAAUGUGGAAUAACAGAACCGAAAAAAUUUAAAUAACAUGAUUUUCUCUUAGGAUUUUCUUCUCGGCGGUAUCACUGGAUUUGAGAAAGACAUUAGCCAUUAUGAAGGAUAUUUUGAGUGUCAGCUAUAAUUUGUAAUAUAUUUUGUGAACCCCUAUUUUUAGCUGCCUAAAGUAUUCUUCAAAUUGGAUUCACAUAAAAUACCCGCCUAUAUUAACAAAUCUAAACAGCACCAAAUAUGGCGUCCAAAUCAGCAGUCAAGAGAUUUAUAUAUAUUUUUGAUAUACUCUGCAUUCUAUUGGCAUCUGUUCUAAUUGGGUUUGGCGCCUAUGUAAUCUGUACAAAUGAAACAAAUGAGAUUGGCACAAUGGGUGCCUAUGGCUAUAUAGCCAUUGGUGUUGCCACAUUUGUGGUAUUUAUAUUUUUAAAUGUGGGCGCUAUGCGUGACAAUGUCUGCUGUACGGUGACGUUUAUUGUGCUCAUGGUUCUAAUCAUUUUUGCUCAAGGCGUUGUGGCCUUCUUUAUGAUUGCCGGACGGGAAUCGGUUGCCUCAAAUCUAGCCAAUGAAUUGGAUGCCACAUGGGAGAAGGAAUUAAAGAACCACGGUGCCAUGUCAAUUUAUGAAAAUUGGUUCGAUUGCUGUGGUCGCGCCAGUCCUCAGGAUUACAUUGUUGCUGGACGUUUGCCGCCACCAACGUGUUUUGUUGGUCAUGAUAUAAGCCUACCGGAAAAUCUCAUUGAAAGUGGUUGCCGCAUUAAGUUCGAAGAUUAUUGGUUGGAAUUGUUGGGCAUAUUCAAUAUACUUGCCUGUGUUUUAAUUGGCUUGGAGCUAAUUCUUUCCUUUAUCGCCUGCUGUUUGUGUGUCAGUAUUCGUAACGAACGUCGAAGAUCGUAUUAUUAAAACGAAUUGGGUAUCGAAACAAACUAGGCAAUGUCGUGCCCUGAAUGCCCUAAUUUAUGUAAUAAGAACUUUGUAACAUAUUCAAAAAACCCAUCCUCCGACGAAGCUCAAAACAUAAAUCGAUCGCAUUCAAAAGGGAAAUUUUAACCAAAUUAUAAUUAAAUACAGUUGAAAUUAAUGCAUUUCAAAUCAGUUAUAAUUAUUUGAUUUGGUUAAAAUUUCCCAUUUUUGUUAGUUUCCUAUUUAUUAAUUGUGUUGCCUUACAAAAAAACUAAAAGAAAGUAGUUUUACUUGUAGACAUACAGAUAUGACAUGUUAUGUAGCAUUAGUGUUCAUUUUUUCAAAUCUGGCCUAGCUUUUAUUGUUUUGUUAAUAUUCGAAAUCAAAAAUGUGAUUCAAGAGGCACAUGAAUAAAAAUAUUUUUUAUAUUUUUCAAUAAAAAAA